AUGAUUAGUUGGAAUGAAUAUAUUUGUGAAGGUGAACAUGCAACGUGUAAUAAUGGUCUGUCUGCUCGUGUCGGUAUGGGAUGGAAGCACAUGAUCUGUGCACGCAUCAUAGUUUGUUAUCACGAUUGUGUUUAUGAAAAAACAAUUACUCGCAAGGCUAAAGACAAAAAUAAUGAAAGGCAUGCGAAGAUAAAAAAUGUCGAUAUUAACAAUGAUCCGGCGACUGACUUUAAUGAGCUGAAUACAGACUUGAAUAGGGAAGAAAGAAUUGAUCAAUCAGAUGUAGCAAUAUCGGUGGAAAAUGACAUUAACACGAAUGGCGAUUCAGGUGUAAGAAACAAUCGACUAGUUGCUGGUGUUGCUGGAGUCAAAGAUGAAGCCGAACCUGUGAUAGGAUACGCUCAAGAACCUUUAUUAUCACUUGCUGAGGCCUGUGCUCCUUUAGUUGAUCUUUUCCACAACAUGUCAUUUUAUGUUCAAAUGGCUGUCGAAGAAACACCUGAAGAACCACCUGAUGGGUUGACAGUCGAUGAAAGUGCUGCGAUUCGUCUCUAUACUAUAGAAUGGGAAAAACCGCAUUACAGUCUCUAUUCGACACUUAAUCAUACUCUUAAGACCGCUCCUCGUGAUGAUUUGCGACCAUAUUUCAAAUAUCUUAAACUAUUUUUAACUGCCUUAGUCAAACUACCUUGUGUUCCACCGGUAACUGUUUGGCGAGGCGUAACAAAAGAUUUGAGUGCAGAAUUUCCGCGUGGGACUCUUAUGACGUGGUGGGCAUUUUCAUCAUGUACAACUGAAUUGACUGUACUUGAGAAUAACAUGUAUUUGGGGACUUCAGGUGAGAGAACUCUAUUUUCUAUCGAAGUCUUCAAUGGUAGAACAGUACGUGCUCAUUCACAUUUCGUCACUGAGGAUGAAAUAAUUCUUUUGCCUGGCACUCACAUGGAAGUUCAAUCACUAUUUCGUCCAGCACCUGAUUUGAACAUCGUUCAUUUGAAACAGAUAAAACCAGUGGAGACAUUACUCGAGCUUCCAUUCCCAGGUGCUAUGCUGUAUCCACCUGAGAAGAAAAAGUUACCUUGGUACAAAAAAAAGCGAACGAUGGUAGAAUUGGGUCUAUUAAUUGUUGCUUGUAUCGCCGGCAUUAUAGUGGGUGCAGUACUUGGUUCAAGACGUUCGCCUCCACCUCCAAUAUGCAGACCUCGACCAAGCAUAGUUAGAUCUGAUUACUUCUGGUCGUUUGACUGUAGUGAUGCUCGAGAAGAUUUGACUGGUCUAUACAAUGGUACUGCUAUCAAUGGCGUUGAUUUUGUUCAUGGUGACUUUUCUGGACAAGCUGAUGUGCUUCAACUGAAUCGAUUAUUAUAUCAAUAUGUUAGUUUACCUCGUUCAUUAAAUCUUACAUUAAACACUAGUUUUACAAUGAGUGCAUGGAUUUUGCUAGGAGGGUAUCGAAGUAAAAACAUAUUAACGGAUUGUAGCUAUCUCAAUCCAGUUUGUAUUGCAUUCAACAUUGAAGAUACAACUAUGAAUAUAAGGAUUUUCAAUUGGACCAAUGCAAAUAUUCUUCAAGAAGUAUAUGCUGCUAUUCAAAAUUAUGUAUGCCAAGCCUGCUGGAUGUAUAUAUCAUUUUCAUUUAAUCAUCAAACUGGAUCGACAGUUUUAUACUUGAAUGGUGUUCGACUUGAAGAAAAAUUCUUGAAUCUGACGUAUCCAAUAUUGGCAAGAGCAAAUCAAACAGAAUUAUCUUAUAUUGGAUUAAAUGCAGUAACUCGUGCUAACUAUUUUUAUGGCCUGAUUGACCAGCUGAGUAUCUUGUAUGCUGUAAAAAGUGACAGUGAAAUCAAAUAUGAAGCAACGAUAAUUUUCUUUUACCUUUUUGAUUCUGAUCAAAUCAAUGUUGAUGCGGGCCCAAAUAAUAUUCUAGCUAAUAGUGCGUCUGUGUAUCGAGCAGUAUCAAAUAAUCAAAGUACUUUACUUUUCAAUACGACUGAUUCGUAUUUUCAAUCUCUUGGUUUCACACUUCUUGAUUCAAACGAUUAUGAAUUCUCAAUUGUCUUCUGGCUUCGUUUAAUCAUACCGAAACCUGCUACAGACAAUAGUGCAAUCGCUGUUCUACAAUUAUCAUCAAUGAUCAGUGGAUUAUCAUCCGGAACUUACUCAUGUGCUUUUUGUUUACAUGUUAACCCCAAUAAUGGCUCUACUGGCUACUUUUUUCCAAGAACGUUUACCACUAUUUAUCCGAAUGGUUCUUCAGUUCUGAAUAAUACAUGGGUUCAUAUUGGUGUAGUAUACGUCAGCCCAGAAACAUAUUACUUCUACCAAAAUGGAAAACUUCUAGAUAUGGCUACUAAUCGUCGUUUUUCAUCCAUAAUAUCGAGUAAUUCACGUUUUUCUGUGAGCAUAGGAGGAAUUUACCUAGAUAGUUCGAUGCCAGUCAAGCCUACUAAUUAUGAGCAAAUGAAAUGUUUUUCUGGUAUUCCUGUGUUCAACUAUACAAAGAUGUACGGACAAAUUGAUGACUUUGCAUUACAUGCGAGAUCAUUAACAGCCGAAGAGUUUGCUGGUCUUGCUGAUCCGAAAAACAAAUUCGGUGCUGUAUAA